AUGUCGCUGGGUGGGGUCGAUCGUUCGCGCAGUGUCCAUGAAGUGAACAAGAUACGACAUUCAAAGUGGGACGUACCUUCAUUCACUGGGGAACGUAGCAGGGAACGCGUGAACGAUCUUCGCGUCAAGUAUCUCUUUAUUCCUAACCACCACCACCACCGCUGUCUACAUCGCCGCUCCCAGUCUCCCCCUCCUCCACACACACUCUCUCUUUCUCACCCCGCCUCGUCCCUCCCACAAUUCCGAAACCGCGUCGCGUCUCGUACAAGUGCACGUGUUCUAUUGUUUAGAGAAUUGGACUACAAUCCAUCGACACCAAUGCCUAUAGACCUCCCCGACGAGCCAGACGGCGACACUCAGCUACCCGACCAACCUGACGAUCCCCCAACCCUAACGGAUAUUUCCAAUGCCGUAACAUAUAAUCACAAUCUGUUGGUCAGCCACCAAGUUCAGGAUCAGGAUUCUGCGUCGAGCGAUGACAUUGGCAGAGGCGUAGUGUACCAGACCAAACUUGUCCAGGCACAGGCUGGCGAAAAUGUUGCUCCGCCCUGGUUUGCGCCCGCCUUAGCUGCUGCUUUCGCUGUUGGUUUGGCGCCAUUGACUCGUGUCUCUCACAAGACGCAUAACCUUGCCUGUGGUGAUGGGCGGACUAGGCGAUUCCUUGAAGUACCUUUUGUUGAUGGUACCCUUCCGACGGAGGACCCGCACAACCUCCCGGCGUUGCUUAAUGUUGAUGACGUCAAUGCAUUGACUGGGCCUGAAGCCACUAGCUACCUGCAAGGUUACAAUUUGCCCUUUCAACAGCUUAUGAACAAUCGCAAAAGAGCUAUUCGUUCUGAAAUUGGUUGCACGGCGGCUACGUAGAAUUUGCAGCUUCAAAGAACCACAUGCACUUAAAUUCACUAUAAUACCAUCCUAUGUACUCAUACUAGUAGUGUAGAGCCGACUAUACCGUAAUAGACUGGGUAAUUUAUAUUCACUAGCAUGGUUAUGGUACAAGCCUUGUCCUAAUAGUUUACUACAACGCGCGCCUUGCUUCGCUU